UUUGUCGCAGCCCGGUUUUAUUUUUAAAAUUUUCAAAUUUAAUUGAAUUAAAUAGAUUAUUCUACAAAUUCAACGAGCAUGGAAUCUGGAAAGUGCAAGUUUAGAAAAGCAUUCCUUAGAGACGUUGACAUUCCGCUAACCCAAAGUAAAGCCAAGGUAAUCAAUCAAAACGAUCAAUGUGCAACCAACAGUAACAAAAACACCAUAAAUUGGAAACCAACGGACAAAAAACAGCGCCGGGAUACGCAAGCGGUCCCAACCAAACCGGUUACCAAAUUCAAACUUCCGGAACUGAACACGGCUCUAAACAUUCGAAAGCAAAUCGAUAAGGUCAAAAACGAACAACCGGCGAAGGCACCCACAAGCAUUGGAGAGCUGACCCCGAAGAGCAAAAAAUUCGUUAAAGGACAGAUAACCAAGAAGCUAAAUUUCCAGCACGAUGAGAACGUUUUCAAAGGGCUGGUUCCGGUGAACGUUAACGACUCGAUAUUGAUUCCCACAAAAAAGAAGCCGCUGAAGGAGCGAUACACGGCCGAAGCGAAACGAGACCCGGAACCGGAUUUGGCUGACUUUCUGAGACCUAUUGGGAAAUUUAACGUCCCGUUCGAGCCGUAUCUGCCGCUGGAAAUGACACCGAGGAAACCUAAUUCUAACAACUUCGAUCACAUUUUAGAUGUUUUCGCUAAGAUUGAUGUGGGAGCGUAGAAUUCAUUUAUUUGUGUAGAGUUUUGAAUUAAAUUUCGAUUCUCUGUAAACAAUAUAUUUAAAAUAGGAAUUUUAAUUGAACUAGAUGUUAAAACUAUUUUUUCAAUCGAAUACAAUUUACUUAUGAGAAGAUAAAAAUAAGCCUUAAAAGCGAAUUAAUAUAAAAACAAUUUGCCUCACUACCUAAU